GGAAGAAAAUCUCGUAAGGAACGACGAGCUCUGAAGAAGAAACACAUGGACAGGAAGUUUAGCCCCCCAAGCUACGCCGCCCGGGCCAGCCCGACGUACGCACCUUACCGUAGGUCGUCUUCCCGCUCCAAGUCUCGUUCUCCCACGCCCCCAGCGGCCGGCACCAUCAAAUUCAUCACCAGCUUCGGGGGAGAGUCAGACGGCCUGGGCACAGAGGAUGAGGGGGUGACCGGGGUGAUCAUCCUACCCAAGGGCGACCGUACGGUCCGUGACCGACGCAAGAACCGGUGGGACCAGAAGUCGCGUGAGGGAGCGGCUAGAGGAGGUCAGCACUCGGGCGGCUCCGGCCCCCACCACGCCACGGUCUCCGGCCACGUCUCCUCGUCCUCUAAGAAACGGCGUCAUUCGCCUCGCAGCCGGUCGCGUUCUCGGAGUGGGUCAAGCGGGAGGUCACGUCGUCGGCAGAGGUCGCGUCAUUCCAGGUCACAUUCUCGACAUUCUCGCUCCCAUUCUCACACCAGGCACUCAGGAUUCACCAGGUCACGCAGCAGGUCGCUCUCCAGGUCCAGGUCACGAGACAGGCACCACACCUGGAGGAGAGGUCGUGGUACUAGAAGAAGGUCACACAGCAGGUCAAAGUCACACAGCAGGUCAAAGAGUAUUGAUAAGAAGAUCCUCUCCCCCACUGAGACUACAACCACCCAGGGGGCUAUAGUUCCAGUACAACACACUGGUGGCAGUAGUGGUACGCCAGACCCACUGACAAAGCUGCCAUCACCCCCGUGCCGCCGUUAUUACGGUCGCAGGGGACAAGACAGUAACUCUGAGUCAGGCUCUGAGUGUGAGUCAGAUGGUAAAUCUACCAGUAGUACCGGGACUAUGCAGAACUCUACAAAUACUACUGUCAAAACUAACAAUUUGGUGCCCUCAACAACAGUGGGUAAUGGUUCAACAAUCGCCAAAGAUGGACCAAAGUUAACACCACAGGAAAGACUGAAGCGAAAGACCCAAGCGUUGUUGAAGAAGCAGUUCAAGGCGGAUAAACGUCUAGAGAGAGAGAGACAAGAGAAAGCCGAACAAGAGAGACAAGACAGGGAAGAGGAACUGAGAGAGAUGGCUAUCAGACUCAGAAGGAGGGAGCGGGAAAAACGUCAUCGCCUACAAGGAGAAGACUCAAGCUCCGAGGGGUCGAGGUCAAGGUCGGGGUCAUGCUCUAGAUCCGGGUCACGCUCGAGGUCAAGGUCAAAGUCUCGGCCAAGAUCCAAGUCCCGACAGAGGUCAAGAUCUCACCAAAGAUCAAAAUCACGGUCAAAAUCCCCUUUGCCUCCUAAGCAGAGCUCAUCAGGCAGGUGGGCUGGAGAGGGUAGACGCAGUAGGGAACAUAACACCCCGGCAGAGUGGAACAGGGAGACCCACGGCCGACACUGGAACUCCUCGUCACACUGGGAUCUUCCUCCUCCACCUGAACGAUACCGUGACUCGUACAGAAGGAGGUCGAGGUCACAUAGCCCUGGAGGUCGAUGGGAUCGAGAAAGAGACCGUCACCCCAGCAGCAGUAACAGAAGAAGUCGCAGUAGAAGCAGGGGCAGGGACUACACCUCCGGCGGUAGUGGCCCCGGUAACACUGGCAGUGGCGGUAACACCUUCAGGAGAAAGAAUUUCCGCGAUCACGAACGGGUCAGAGACUGGACGCAGCAAGACUCCCAGAGAGGAGAGGUGUAUCGGGACUACCAGCACGGCUACCAGAGGGACUACCAGCACGGCUACCAGAGGGACUACCAACACCGGGGUAGCUAUCAAUACAGAGAGGGCCAACAGAGGGAGUUAAGAGAACGUCAUCAGAGGGACUAUAAUUCACAGGCCACCAGACGACAACAACAGGCACAGAACUUUGGUGAGGAAGAAAGGGAGGAUGGAGGUCGGAUUGGUAGAAUACGGUUAGUGGAUUAUUGAUGACUAAACAUGUAUAAUGCUGAACAACACAUGUAUAAUGCUGAACACACACAUGUAUAAUGCUGAACACAUGUAUAAUGCUGAACAACACACAUGUAUAAUGCUGAACACACACAUGUAUAAUGCUGAACACAAACACAUGUAUAAUGCUGAACACAAACACAUGUAUAAUGCUGAACACACACAUGUAUAAUGCUGAACACAAACACAUGUAUAAUGCUGAACACAAACACAUGUAUAAUGCUGAACACAAACACAUGUAUAAUGCUGAACACAAACACAUGUAUAAUGCUGAACACACACAUGUAUAAUGCUGAACACAAACACAUGUAUAAUGCUGAA